AUGGUCAUGGGGGACAAACUGUUCCAUGUGCCUCUCAUGAGCCCCAAAAAGAUCCUCGAUAUCGGAACCGGGUCAGGGAUUUGGCCAAUAGAGAUGGCGGCCUUGUUUCCAAACACCGAGAUUACAGGGACCGACCUGUCCCCAGUGCAGCCGACAGAAGUCCCACCGAAUGUUCAUUUUCUAGUUGAUGACGCCACCGAAGAUGAGUGGUUGUGGGAUGCGAACCAUUUUGAUCUCAUUCACAUCGGCCACAUGACAGGAGCUAUGCCUUCAUUCAAACGCAUUUUACGACAAGCAUUCAAACACCUUAAGCCAGGAGCCUACCUGGAAUGCCAUGAGUUAGACCCAAAACCCCGAUGUGAUGACAAAACCAUGCCUCCCGAAAAUCCAGAUGGAGGAUAUAGCGCUUUCGCUAUGCAUGAUUGGUUCGAUCUGAAUAUGCGAUCAAGUCGCGAUGCCGAUCCACCAAGGCAGUUUCGAAUCGCACAUCGGAUCGAACAGUGGAUGAAAGAUGUAGGGUUUGUUGAUGUUGAACAACGAGUGUCAAAGAUCCCUACAAAUACCUGGCCACAAGAAGAAAGGCUAAAAACCAUCGGCGCUUGGAGCGAAAGCAAUUGGCUCGAAGCUUUAUCCGGGUGGUCUUAUAAGCCAUUCCUUGCCCUCGGUUGGUCUAAGGCCGAGAUCGAAGUUUUUCUUGUCGACGUGAGGAAAACUAAACCCAUGUCUUUCGGUAGACAUGCCUAUAGGCAUGCUCUCAAACCCCCUGCGACUCCGACACUCGAUUACCUGUGGGUCAGCGACGACUUACUGGCAGCCACGUUCCGUCGAUUUGCCAAUGGCCAACGACGCCAUGGGAGCUGUGUCCCUGGGCCCCUCGAAGCACGGCGACGUCUUGCAAAGCGAAGAAACACAGCACUAGCCAGUAUUGGCGGGGGGCCGCUGGAGGACAUCUCGUGUCUGUUUGGCCGCAAUGGGAGGGAACAUAUGAAAUGGGGUGACCAUUCAUGGCAGGGUAUGCCAUUUGAAAGUCAAGGCUCCGCAGACCAUGCCCUAGGUUAUUCCGAAGAUCCUGUCACUUCCUCAGAUUUAAGCCCCGGGUCAGAACACAUCCAAUUUCCAGAUCACGCGCCUGACGCCGUCACAAUCGAUCCGCAAAUACCUGAGCAAAUAUUGGAAGAGUUUCUUAGUGGCUCUGACUGGGGCAUCGAAGAUGCCAGGGAAUUCACUCGCCAGAUGAGAAUUGAUCUCCACCGAGACCCCCGUUACAGCCGGCAGAUUUUUGACCAACUACUUGCUCGAUCGGGACAAAACUUCGAGGAAGCCAUCACCUUUCUGGACGACCCAUUUCUCAACACCCGAGGCUCAGGGAACUACAUCGCAGCCAUUGAACUCUUUGUCCGGACGAAAGCGAAACGCGCUAGACGAACAGCUGUCUUGGAUUCAAUAAAACGCGGACUAGAACUGGGCUUGAUUCCUACGGAGGAUAUUUGUUUGAUCAUCCGCACUCUGCCCAAUAUCCUCGUUGAGAACAAGAAGACUCUGGGCUCAUGGGAUCACUACGCGCUGUUGAAACAUUAUCGGGCUAUGUGGCGAGCCAUUGGUCGCUGCAAUAUCUUGGGAUACCAUGAUCUGGACAAGAAAAUUGUGGAUGCUUGGCUCGGGGAGCUUCUGAAGAUUCACAGCUUUCGUUUCGCGGAGGAAAUCAUCAUCGAAACGCACGAUGCAAGCAAUCGCAAUCAGUGGCCUUCCAUCUUGGUUCAAAACUGGCUUCAAGCUACAGAGACCGAUUUGGAGACCAAGGCCCCAUUUCCAAACAAGAUCUUCAGCCAACUGGACGUGGACUCUGCCGCGGAUUGCGUCAUUCGGGUGACAGAAUUAAUAUCUGUCUCAAACGACAAAGACCUCAGAAACCAGCUGCUCCACCGAUGGCGGGAUUGCCUGGCAAAUGCCGAUAUAAUCUCCACCGUCGCAAAAUCACACGUUUGGUGUGACUUCCCCCUUCCCUGCAUUGAAAACCAAGAGACUGCUUCUGGAAAGCAUUCGACCCAAAGCCAAAUCGUGCUGCGACUAUGGCUUUUGCGCACCCUUUGUCGGACCACUGGGUACAUGUAUAACCAGAACUCGAAACCGACAGACCGGCCGAUCCACCUUCUCCUCAAUCUCUACGACCUCGUAGUCAAGGAAACCGAUGGUCAUUUUUUCCCCGGCCUUUUGCGCGAGAUUCAAGAACUCGAUCUUCCUUACAACAGGCUCCUCAUUCUUGCUCUCGACAGAAAAUCCCAGAAGUCUAUCACAAAAACAGUCCGCCAAACCCUCGAGCAGUUGGAAACCUCCUGUCUUUCGCUCACAGAUGUGUGGAAGACCCCGUCUCUGCACAAGGGCAUCCGGAACAUUUUCCACGCUUCAUUCGAAGAAAUGUACCAUCGCAUGGAUCUCACCAACCGCGCGACAGCAGAGGAGUUAGUGCACAUUGCGCGAUCAGGAGAUUCAAACAGCACUCGAUCUAUCCUCAGACUUCUUAAUAACAACACUCCGUUCAAGAUCAGCCUUCACAAGGCUUAUCAGGAUAUUCCACACCCCGAUGAAAUGGCACUCGUGCGUUACCAUGCUGGUCCACGCACCAGCCGGUGUCCCGACCCGCAUGCUGCCAUUGGUCUGAUCAACCAGCUGGCAAUCGCAAUCUCCUGCUGCAGAAACCUGACUCCGUCUCAGUCCUUCCAUAUGGUCCACUGGCUCUACGGGUUUUUGCGCAGACACGGUGGACCCGUCGAUCCAGACUUUGUACGAGCUAUGUAUCAUGCCGGCAUUGUACGCAGACGCCGUGAUGGUCUCAGCAUACCGGCAACCCAAUAUCAAUACAUUCUUUGGAUUGUUGAAAAAUUCGAGGGACGUGCAGUUGUUCAACAGCUCACAGCUCCCCCUGAAGUUGGUGAAUCGAACAUCAACAGCCAGUGA